UGAGCUGGCUUCCACAUGUUACUCGUACGCCCAUGUCACCUGUUGCCCUCCCCCCUCCCUCCCCCCAUCAUUUUACUUACGGGCUGCAAGGGACCCGCCUGGUGCUACCGCAUCCCAUCUCCGAUGCAAAUCGUUGUCGGCUGUGUCUACAUGUACGAGGUACAACGAAGCUGCUACCAGCUGAAGAUGAGCUUGGAUCGACAAGAGAGCUUAGUUCAAACCCGGCCUCGCCGUGACCAGUGCUCCGUGACGGCUAACGAGAACAAGAUGGAAAUAAAGCUGCCAACAGAUGAAACAGACCUUGUGUAUGCCUGUCGCUUCGUCACCUCGUACGAGGGAAAUGUCGGCACUGACUGA